AGAAACGCAUGCUAUCAUCCGAUUCGCUCCAUAAUCCCAACAAAAUGAAGACCCUUCCGAUUGCUCUUCUGCUAAUUGCCGCCGCUCUGUUCUUCAUCUCCACCACUGUUGCCGCUGAUGAAUCCACCACCACCACCGCAGCUUCUUCUUACCCGGCGCCUUCCCCAAUCAUAAGUACCUUUGGAUGCGAUGCAAAGUGUGGGAAUCGAUGCUCGAAAGCUGGUUAUCAAGAACGAUGUCUGAAGUAUUGUGGGAUCUGUUGCGCGAAAUGUCAAGGCUGUGUUCCAUCCACUCCGUACGCUGACAAGGCAGAGUGCCCUUGCUAUCGUGAUUUAAAGAACUCCAAGGGCAAAUCCAAGUGCCCUUAAUUCACUCCUUUAAUUAUUUUGUAAUAAUGUUGAAAAUUAAGUUUUGAG